GGAGAAGCGGCCGCAGCCGCAGCCGCCUCGGAGCUCUGAGGAGCUGGAGGAUCUGCACAAGCUGCUGCACUUCCCCGAGGAGGUGGCGCUCAGGUUGACGGAAAGCGAGUACCAACUAUUCUAUCAGGUACCACCGCAUGAGUACCUAAGGCACGUGGCACAGGAUCAGACCACGUUGCAGAAACCACCUGCCAGGCCACCCCCGUCGCCGAGUCGCAGCUACAGCAACCCCAGCACCGCCAACAGCUCGACCCAAACCGAGGACGAAUCUUCCUGGCCUGUCGUCACGGUGUGCUCCACCGUGCAAACUCUCAUCGAUCGCUUUAAUGAGGUAAGCACAUGGGUCACCCACGCAAUCACCAGCGGUGCUACGAUAGAAGAACGACAGGCGGUGCUGUCCUGUCUGCUACGCGUCGCUCUAACCUGUUGGAAUACCGGCAACUUUAAUUCAGCCAUGGAGAUAAUUGCCGGUUUGAAGUCCAAUAAGCUGAAGCCGUUUUGGCACAGUGUAAACGAGCAAAUACCGGUUAUGGAAUAUCUUUCCUCCGCCCUUCUGUCUUCCGAAUAUGAGCGUGCGCUUGCCCGUGCUCUCGCAAUGCCGGAAUGUCCGGUGGUUCCAUUCUUUGGAGCCUUCUUGCGCGAGCUACGAGAAGUCAUUGCAUCAUGCGAUAUAAAGCCUCACCUCGAGUACAGGGAAAAUCGCGAAUCACCACGUGGUAAUGUUAAAGAGCGCGAACCUCAAGAACACGUGCCUUUGUCUGCGCCGGCUGCCAGAAUUGCCGUCGAGAGUAAUACAGAAACGCCAUCGGGAUGGAGUUCGAGAAGUGGCUUCUUGAACAAACCAGAGAACCCCGCUGUACACGAUACAAAUUCCGUUCUCGACAAAGUUGCCCUCUUUCAUAAGCAUCGGCAUGCUCGUGGCAGAGACGCAACUACUGGUUCUCUACAUCGCACUCUGAGCGUUCACACGACCGCAAUCGAGCAAACCUACAUGGCGGAGGAAUGCGACGAGAACGACUAUCAUCUCGAUUUGGACUCCUACAAGCCUGUACAACCGAUCAAAAUCGAUCAUGGAGUCGCUUUGUUUCCCGUUGCCGCGCCACACACUGGCAUGGAUCUUCAUCUCUUACAGGUGCUCCAUCAUGGCACGACUUUGGUGCAUUGGGAUUGCGAGGGCGGUACAUCGAGAACGGCAUUGGUAUUCGCGCGCGUCGAUCGCGCCUGUAGCACUUUCGUUUGGGAAAAGCCACCUUGGAGUCCCCUUAAAACGGCGCAAGUCGGCGGUACCGCUCUCACAGAAUUUUCGCUGACCGCGAAUCCAGAGGACACGGUGCCAGCGGGCCUAGUCAGUAGGUACACGCAGCCGCAGGCUGACUGCGCUUUCGUCACUUUGGAAGAAGGAUAUCUGGACCUAGGAUCGGUGAAGGAAAUAAUGAUUGGCUGCUGCGACCGCGACCGAGAGGCUGAUCUCAGAAGCAUCUGCAAGAGAUACGGCCUACCCGGCUCCGACUCCUGUAUCGGCCUCAUGUACGGAUCCAACCUUCCGGACAAUCGACUGAUUUUCCUACUUUGCCCUCCCGCCCUUAGCAAAAUAUGGUAUAUGGGAUUGUGCUGGAUAUUGCGAGGCCUCAAACGACAGCAACAAUUAACGGAUCGCAGAUCGCGCUGGUUGAAAGAAAAGUAUCUUCACUUGUACUUUUCUUAUUUGGAACAGCCUAUGGAAGGCAUGGAACAACCGACGACAGCCGAUGCUAUACGCGUUUUCGGCGGUCGGGAUUGGUCCAUGACAGAAAGUGUUGGCACAUUGUCUCCAACAAGCAGCAGUACUCUACGUAGACGAAACGUUAAAGGCAAAAAGACAAAAUCAAUUGGCAACAUUCACGCUUUAACAAAGGAUUUGAGUCUAAAACAAUACGAUUCUUCGUCCUCGGAUGGAGGUCUAUCCACUACACCUCUUCGUCAUAUUACGGGCAGCAGGGAAUCCUUAACGAGGAUCUUACCAGCGUCACCAAGAGCAAGUCGAGACCGAAUUCCGCCACGUAGCCCGCCCGGUGCCGCUGACCGUAUCGUCAGUUCCAAUUUGCCUUACUCCACUUUUCAAAGUUUGUUGUGUGUUGCCAGAGAAAAGGACAAGAAUGGAUCCGGGGGUAUACCUGGGGGCUCAGAAUCACCUUGGCAAGUGAAAGCACGUACUACUUCAAUUAUGUACGAAACGCAAUUAAACUUCGUGGAGUUCGUUGCGCUUUUCCGAUCAUUCAGCUUACGAGCCAGGAAAGAUUUGCGGGAUUUGUUUGGCCAAUUAGCGAUCACGUGUCGUAGUCAGAGUGACGGGUCAUUAAGGGAUUUUAACAUUCGUCCUGCGGUGCUUAGGCAGACCAGCGACGCCACCCCACAAAGAAUCGGUUUGCUGACGAGAAACAACUCCAUCGACUGUCACGAGUAUAAAACGAGCAGUAAUUUGCAAAAGAAGCAGAUCUUUGACGCCGUCGCAGCGGCAAGCAUCGUCCAUAAUUGCUCCGGUGUGGACACAUCGAAAUCUCAAGUGAUCACUCUAGCAACAUUCACGAAAUUCUUGGAGUCUCGACAGCAAGAAAAAAUGAGCGACGAGGAAAUUAAGACACUGAUUAAGAGGCACGAACCGGACCCAGCACUUCGCACACAGUGGUGUUUGUCUUUCGAGGGUUUUGCGCGGUAUAUGAUGGACAAGGACAAUUAUGCCUUCCCAAACGAGUAUGCAACACCAUCUGAAACCGAGAUGCAGCAGCCCCUAUCACAAUAUUACAUCGCUAGUUCCCACAACACUUAUUUGACCGGGCAUCAGCUCAAAGGGGAGUCCUCCGUGCAACUGUAUUCACAGGUACUCCUAACCGGAUGCCGCUGUGUAGAGCUCGAUUGUUGGGACGGCGAUGAUGGAUCCCCAUUAAUUUACCACGGCCAUACGUUUACUACUAAAAUACCGUUUCGAUCAGUCGUAGAAGCGAUUGAUCGAAGCGCUUUUGUUAGUUCUCCGUAUCCUGUGAUUCUUUCCAUCGAGAAUCAUUGUUCGCAAACUCAGCAAGCUCGCAUGGCUCAAAUAUUUCAGUCUGUUUUUGGCGAAAAAUUGGUGACUAAAUUUCUCUACGAGUCUGAUUUCGGUGACGAUCCACAAUUGCCUUCGCCAUCGCAGCUUCGUUACCGAAUCUUGAUAAAAAAUAAGAAACUAGUGGUUGAUCCUACUGGUCCCUUGUCACACACGCCCCUUAGUCAUCGCGGAAAGAUGCUCAUGUCGGAUCGCGCAUCAUCUAUGAAACAAAUGCGGACAGACGUGAGCAGCACGUCGGUUGUCGAAUACUUUAGCGAGGAUGAAGACGACGAAGAGGACGAUGAUGAGGAUGAUAAUAUCGAUGAUAACUCGAUUUCAAGCUACGAGAGAUAUUUGGGAGGCAAUCAAGCGCCACAUAGUCGUUUAAAAUCAGAUCCAGCAGUGGAUGACAAAUCGCAAAAGCAGAGCAGUCAAAUAGCCAAGGAGCUAUCAGAUUUGGUCAUUUAUCUACAAGCAAUUAAAUUUCGCGGAUUGAACACCGCACCCGGCACAGCAGUACCGGGAAAAAUACGUCAUCAAUCGCAUACGGGACCGGUUCAAAGGCACAGUAUCGCCGGCAUAGGACCUAGUAGCAUAGCUUCCUCUUCAGGAUCACCGCAAUCGCUUUCAACAUCCGCCUCAAUCGCAAGCGGCGGUAGCAAUAUCGAAAAUAUCUUCAGAUCCACUCGCGGAGUACCAGCCUGCUUCCAAUGUUCGUCUCUGAACGAGAGCGCGGCAAAAAAGAUUUGUAGAAAACAGCCGUUAGGCGUAGUUGCUCACGCGGAGACUCAGCUCAUUCGAACGUAUCCGGCAGGCAUGCGAAUUGAUUCUACAAAUUUCAAUCCUGUAAUAUUUUGGGCUUUUGGAAUUCAAAUGGUUGCGUUAAACUACCAAACCGAUGACGCGGGAUUGAAUCUAAACGCAGCUAUGUUCGAGCAAAGUGGUCAGUGUGGAUACGUUCGAAAACCUUCGGUGAUGUGGGACAAGGGACACAUGAUGUACAGGCGGUUCAAUCCUUGGGACAAAGAAUUCGACGGGCUGCACUCCGCACACUUGAGUCUGUCAAUAGUUUCGGGGCAAUACGUCUCGCUUACGAAUUUCGUCACCAGUACGUACGUCGAGGUCGAGUUGGUCGGCAUACCGAUCGACUGCGCGAAGCAUAAAACUAAGGUGAUCCAGAACAACGCGUUGAAUCCCAUCUGGAACGAGAAGUUCUGUUUCCAAGUGAUGUUCAAGGAUCUCGCUUUUUUGCGUUUUGGCGUCGUCGAGGCGAGCUCUCACCAUUUAAUCGCGCAACGCGUGAUACCGCUCAAAUGUCUACGACCCGGCUACCGACACGUACGAUUACGAUCCUGCAAGAACAAGCCGUUGGCCUUGUCCACGCUUUUUAUCUAUUCGCGACUGGAGGAGGAGAGCUUGGAUUACAACACCUGUUGCCGCGAUCACAAGGAGUCGUCUAAACGUCUCUCGUCGGGCAAGGAGCCUGAGAAAUUGAGCACCGUCGAUCCCGGACUGGGCGGCGUCACCCUGAAGAGGCGAAUGUUCUUCCUGAUGGUUUAUCAUGUGAUACCGGACGAGCCGUACACCAUUUUAAAGGUCACGCAGGAGAGCACUACGCAAGAGGUGAUGCUGCAGGCACUGCAGAAGGCCGGGGUAUCGCCCGAACACGUAGACGAGUACAUCUUGGUGGAGGAGGUAUCCCGCGGAUGGGAGAAAAGAGAUAGAGAGGAACUGCCGACUCAACGCGUACUAGAUCCUACAGAACAUCCUCUUCAAGCGCAGGCACUCUGGAAGGGCCAAGGUCGCUUCCUUCUGAAGCGAGUGGGCGACGAUCCGAGCAGCAGAGCGUGGCUCGCCUCUAUCAGGAGCACAGCCGGUCACUCGAAACUCAACGAUUCUAACACAAGGGAUCAAUCUACCCACAUAUGGGACGAGGCGGAUACGUUUCUGGUCUGCAUCUACAACGUCUCACCGGAAAUACCUUACGCGAUUCUACGUGUGCCGGUAAGCAGCUCGGCGCAGGACGUGCUAGCGCAAGCUCUGAUAAAAGCCAGAAGAAUGGAGGAUCCAUCCAAGUUUGCCCUCGUCGAGGAAUUGGAAUGGGGAGGCGCGGGUGCGGUUGGAAGCGGAAAUCGUCAGCUGAGAGUGUUGAGCGAUGAUGAAACCGUUUAUAGUACGCAAGCGUUUUGGAAAACUCUUGGCAGAUUCAUCCUUAGAGAACGAGAGCAGGCCUUACCGAGGCGACAUCUCUUGCCCGCAACUCUCGACAGACUCAGCAAAGGAUUUUCCGUCGGCAGAUCGGUAUCUCUGCCAGGAUCAAGCAAGGAGAAGGUGCCCGUUUCGGAGGCACUGUCAGAUCCUACCUCUAGAGGUCUGAGACAUCGAUUGAUGAUGUCGGGACGUAGACGAGAAGUUCACUCCGACGGCGAGGAUACGCGCGAGUCUGACAUACUGAACGCUGCUCUUCAUUUGAAAAAAGUCUCGUUAAGAAAAUUAAGAGUCUGGAAGUCAUAGUGGCAGUCAAGGGCGACAUCGAUAACAUCGAUUUUCGCCGCUCGGAGAAGCCAGUUAUAAAUUUAUAACACACACAGUCACUAUGAUUAAGAAUACACAGCCCUGAUUUUACAGAACGACUCCACGAAUCGUUGAGUAUUAAUCUCAAAGCUCGAGAAAAACAUAUUGGAAAUCUUUGCGAUACAAGUGUCACGAUGAUCCAACAGGCUACGAUCGAUUAAUCUUUGAAUCUUUGAUCAAUGAGACAGGGCACGAUCAAAAUAGUUAAACAUCUUCGCGUUAAGGAAACAUGAAACAGCGCAUUUUUCAUUAUUGGCCACGCGACGAUAUUUUACAAUAAGAAAUACAAAUUUGUGAAAUAGAAAAAGAAGAAAAAUUUCUUUCCUUCAAAAGUAGAAUAAUUCUUCGAAAAACAUCAAUGUCUAUGAAAAUAACAUUACAUUCUUUAACUUGAUUACGCGUGCAAUUAUCUUCAUGAUAUUUGAACAAAAUUUCCAAUUAGUAAAGUCGUUAUCGCUGCAAAGUCAGCAAACGAGAUUUUUCCACGAUAAAUAAUCGACACCGAAAUGGAGAUUAUCACGCCGUCAUUUUCCAAAACUUUUCAAGGGUUUUAAUGUAGCAUUUGAUCUGCAGCAGCCAGUAAUAAUCGCGCACAAUCAUUGAAUGGCAAAGCGACGAUUAUUGAGUCCCCUUAAGUUUGCUAACAAGUAUGAAAGCCAAGCACCAUACGGGAGUUGAUUUCAUCACGUGGCAGUAAAUUUGUCAGACGCAGACCGAGACAUAACUGCCGCGUCUGAUCGAUGCGCUGGCGCGUCGAAAAAGUUAGUGCCACGUUGCGCCUGAUUUUAUUAUUUUUGUACAACGAAUAAAAAAAGCGAGAUGCGCCACGCGAGUUUGCGAUCUAUUUUCGAAGAGCGAUCGCUCGCGAUCUCUAAACAUUUUGCCAAACGACGUACGAUUCUAAGUGAUCUAGGUCAGCAACAUUCGCGACAUUCGUAUGUUUAGACGUAUCGGAAGUGCUUCCUGUUUGAGCGUGUUUCCGUUUGAAAUAUCCGGAAUAUUGGACCCGAUUGUCCGAUCGAUACCACAAUCUCCAAAGAAGUCCGCUGCUCCGUGCGACUUUGCAUUCUUUGUGAGCACCGUCUUUAUCAUUUACGUCGUACCUGAAGUUUUACAUUGAUAGCGCUCCAGUUAUUCUUUCGCGCGAGAGCUCUAAGCUAAAGUUAUAUAUCGCUGUUAUCGUACCUUGUUUGUUCGUUCUAUUAACGUUGAUAACUAUUUCUUUUUGCGUCUAGUCAACCAUGUGAUAAGAAAUUUGAGUAGAGUCCAAUGAGAGAGCAUCGUAAUGUAUAUUGUGAGUUGCUACUUAAAGAUCGUAUUUACUAUAUAUUGUUAACGCUAGAGGGUAGAUCGAUGUUGCAUUCUCGAUUACCGUCCCUCUCUCUUAACUGUUUUAGCGAACAUACGUAGAUUGUAAAUACGAGACCAAGGAGUGUCGAUGACAAUUCGCGUAUAAAUGCGCUCUAUUCAAUUAUUUUUUCACACGGAAAAACCAUUUGCGCAUGAGCGCGAUGAGCUUUGUCGUGCGCUCGAAACCGGCAGCCUAAUUUUACCGAGAAUAAUUUCGCUAACUUUAAUUAACUAUUGAGAAACAAUACGGAAUCUGACGUCACAAACCAGUGAGGUCGCGAAUAGCCUUACCUCGUCUUCCAUGAAACGUUUCAGAUACUUUAUAUUUUCGAGAUAACCCUACAGACUGAUUUUUUUAAGCGAAACUGUACACUUAAUCAAUACAAAAACGCCGCGAUUUUUUCUAACACCGUGAGAAAGAUAUAUUCGAUACGCUAAGUAUAUCCUUCCCCGAGAUGCUUCGCGACGUCACUGGAAACUCUGUAUAUUUUUGGAUAGUAUUUCCCUCUUAAUGUUUAUCUCAUAUCUCGAAAACUACGUAAUCACAUAUCUAUGAAAGACCAAACAGACAAAAUCACCAAAUGGAAUAAAAAAUGAGAAAGACGAA